CCGCCGCCGCUCGCCGGUCCGCAGGGCGGGAGCCGAGCGUGUCCAGUCCGGAUCGCGUUCCCCUUCCACUGCCAGCCCUGCCCAGCGGCCUGCCCAGCGGCCUGCCCGGCCCCAACUCCAGGCCAUGAACUGACCCAUCGCCCGCUGCCCGACUCUUAGCAGCGGCCCGCCCCGGUGCCCAUCCCCGCGAAACGCAGCGCCCGGGCACCCGUCCUCCCCGCCGGCCGCGAUGCCGAACGUGCAGCUGCCGCCCAAGGAGAGCAACCUUUUCAAGCGCAUCUUGAAAUGCUAUGAACAGAAGCAGUACAAAAAUGGCCUCAAGUUUUGCAAGAUGAUUCUUUCGAAUCCAAAAUUUGCUGAACAUGGAGGUACUGUCUCAUCUGUGAGAGACUGCUUUGGGGAAAUCGAAUUCCAGGAUCAGACAGAUAAGAUUCCUAACGAGACUUUGGCUAUGAAAGGAUUGACAUUGAACUGUUUAGGAAAAAAAGAAGAAGCGUAUGAAUUUGUUCGUAAAGGACUUCGUAAUGAUGUCAAGAGCCAUGUCUGUUGGCAUGUGUAUGGACUCUUGCAGCGUUCUGAUAAGAAGUAUGAUGAAGCUAUUAAGUGUUAUCGAAAUGCCCUCAAAUUAGAUAAAGAUAAUCUGCAAAUUUUGAGGGAUCUCUCUCUGUUGCAGAUCCAAAUGAGAGACCUUGAAGGUUAUCGAGAGACAAGGUAUCAGCUUCUUCAGUUGCGCCCAACACAGCGUGCUUCCUGGAUUGGAUAUGCUAUUGCAUACCAUUUGCUAAAAGAUUAUGAUAUGGCACUAAAACUGUUGGAAGAAUUUAGACAAACUCAGCAAGUUCCUCCCAACAAAAUAGACUAUGAAUAUAGUGAACUGAUAUUAUACCAGAAUCAAGUGAUGAGAGAGGCAGAUCUAUUUCAGGAAUCUUUGGAACAUAUAGAAGCGUAUGAGAAACAAAUAUGUGAUAAACUUUUGGUGGAAGAAAUUAAAGGGGAAAUGCUGUUGAAAUUGGGAAGAUUAAAAGAAGCCAGUGAAGUAUUCAAAAACUUGAUUGAUCGGAAUGCAGAAAAUUGGUGUUAUUAUGAAGGCUUGGAAAAAGCUCUGCAACUUAGUGAAAAAUUUAGAGAACUAAUGGAUAAGUUCCUGAGGGUUAACUUCAGUAAAGGCUGCCCACCCUUGUUUACUACUUUGAAAUCUUUAUAUUACAAUACAGAAAAGAUUUCUGUAAUCCAGGAGCUUGUUACGAAUUAUGAAGCCUCUCUUAAAACGUGUGACUUUUUUAGCCCUUAUGAGAAUGGGGAGAAGGAACCCCCGACAACACUGCUCUGGGUUCAGUAUUUCCUGGCACAGCACUUUGAUAAACUUGGGCAGUAUUCUUUGGCUUUGGAUUAUAUUAAUGCUGCAAUUGCUAGUACUCCAACUCUGAUAGAAUUAUUCUAUAUGAAAGCAAAAAUUUACAAGCAUAUAGGUAAUCUCAAAGAAGCUGCAAAGUGGAUGGAUGAAGCACAAUCUUUGGACACAGCUGAUAGAUUCAUCAAUUCGAAAUGUGCAAAGUAUAUGCUUCGAGCAAAUAUGAUAAAAGAAGCAGAGGAAAUGUGCUCCAAGUUCACAAGGGAAGGAACAUCUGCCAUGGAAAAUCUAAAUGAAAUGCAGUGUAUGUGGUUUCAAACUGAAUGCAUUUUGGCUUACCAGCGUUUGGGGAGAUAUGGGGAUGCCUUGAAAAAAUGCCACGAAGUAGAAAGGCAUUUUUUUGAGAUAACCGAUGAUCAAUUUGACUUCCAUACAUACUGCAUGAGAAAGAUGACCCUUCGUGCCUAUGUUGACCUUUUGAGAUUAGAAGAUAUACUCAGAAGACAUGCCUUCUAUUUCAAGGCUGCUAGAUCAGCGAUUGAAAUAUACUUGAAAUUGUAUGAUAACCCCUUAACCAAUGACAGCAAACAACAAGAAAUAAAUUCAGAAAACCUGUCAGCCAAAGAGUUGAAGAAAAUGCUCAGUAAGCAAAGAAGAGCUCAGAAAAAGGCUAAACUGGAAGAAGAGAGAAAGCAUGCAGAAAGGGAACGCCAACAAAAAAAUCAAAAGAAAAAAAGAGAUGAAGAAGAAGAAGAAGCCAGUGGUCUCAAAGAAGAACUUAUACCUGAAAAAUUAGAAAGGAUUGAAAAUCCAUUAGAAGAAGCUAUCAAGUUCCUUAUACCUCUUAAGAACCUUGUUGCUGAUAACAUUGACACUCAUCUAUUAGCAUUUGAAAUAUAUUUUAGAAAAGGGAAGUUUCUGUUAAUGCUGCAGUCUGUCAAACGAGCUUUUGCUAUCAACAGUAAUCACCCAUGGUUACAUGAAUGUUUAAUUAAAUUUUCUAAAUCUGUGUCUAAUCAUAGUAACCUUCCAGACAUUGUGAGCAAAGUUCUAUCUCAAGAAAUGCAGAAAAUAUUUGUCAACAAGGAUUUGGAAAGUUUUAAUGAAGAUUUUCUCAAACACAACGCUACCUCUCUUCAGCAUCUGCUUUCAGGGGCUAAAAUGAUGUAUUUUCUGGACAAGUCAAGGCAAGAGAAAGCAAUUGCUAUUGCCACUAGAUUGGAUGAAACGAUAAAAGAUAAAAAUGUAAAGACUUUAUUAAAGGUUUCCGAGGCACUGCUUGAUGGCAGCUUUGGGAACUGUAAUUCCCAGUAUGAAGAAUACAGGGUGGCCUGUCAUAACCUGCUUCCUUUCACUUCCGCUUUCCUGCCCGGUGUGAACGAAAUGGACGGCCACAGUGUGGCACUCAGCCAUACAGCUAACUGUGAUGCCUUGGCAAAUGAAAUUUGAAAUCCCAUAGAAAGUUGACUCCUGUAAGACUCAGAGCUGAAUUCAGAUCAGGGUUUCCUUUUCAGGGUGUAUUUUAAUAUAGGUAUGAAAUGGAAUAAUGGGAUAGAAUUUGUAAAUGGAGUAUUCGGUAAACUUACUUUAUCCUUUAUCUGACUCUGCCAAUUUACGUAAACAUCUGUUGAAAAUUACCUGUUUAUACUUGUACAGUUUUCUUAAAUUUUCCGAUUAUCAGCAUUGUGAUGGAUGCUGUCACUUCUGUAUCAUAAAUAUAAUUUCUUAUUAAGCUAAGUUGUAUACAGCCCCACUGUAUUAUUUUCUUGAAACCCUGGUUUCAGAAUCUGUGUUUUGAUGUUACGGGUUUGUUGUAUUAUUAUUUGCUUGCUUUUUAAUUAAAGCACAUCAGUUUUAAAGUGUAAACUGUAUGUUAAAAACAAGAUGAAACUUUUUUUUGGCAGACAUAGAGGUUUAUUUUAAAAUUUAUUUCAGUUUGCCCUUUUUUCCACCUUAAUUUUUUCAUGAUUUACCAUUUCCUUCUUAAUAUCCAUGAAAAUGAUACUUUCUAUUGAAUAAGAGUACUCCAGUUUUAUGUAGAUGAUUCAGAAUGUGGGGAUUGGUUUGCCUCCUAAUCAUGGAAAUUCACUGGUAAAUUUGUUGCAUAUCCCUAGAUCAUUCUUUUAAAGACCCAUGGGUAAGAAUUAUGCUAUCUUGAUUAAAUUGCUUCAUGUGUUAACAAAUAGUUUAUAUCUAAGUGGUGUGCUUCGAAGGGGAGCAGAAUAGGGAAGAAUACAAAUUAUAAGGAAACAUUCUUACUCUUAUAGCCAUGCAUUGACUAUUAAAUACGUUUUUGUAUCAGCAAAAUGAGAAUUUAAACUAUUUUUAGUUUAACUAUUAAAGCAUUGUUGAGCAAUAUUUUAGGGGGGGAGUAUAGGUUUUCGUUUUAUCUUGUACAGAAAACAAUAAUGGAAUCAUUCAUUAUAUUUCUUUCAGAACUGUGUAAAUAUGUCUAAUAUUAAUACGUCCCUUUAAGGCAAAUAUGAAUUCAAAAAGGGAGAUUUUAUUUAGAGAAGCCAUUCUAAUUAAAAUGGUUUUCCUUUGCCCUAAGCUAUUUAGAUUCAUAAUUGUUAAGAGAAAAAAAACUCACUGUAAAAUAAUGCCAACCUAUAUAAUACUGUAAUAAAUUAUUUUGUACACAGUU